AUGAGCGACCCUCAACGCGAUGCCCCGCCGUUGAGCGCCCACAUUCCCGCUGCCACCACGACCACGACGGUUCUGCCUACGACAAACGGCUCUGCCAAAGGCGAUGACGUUCCCGAUGCCGGACUGAGAAGUCUCGAUCACUACAAGCGCGCCCUGCCAAAAUGGCGGUACAAUCUGCGCCAACAGAUGCUGCCUCUGAUCCGCUGGGAGACACCGUACCUUGCGUGGAUGCAAGAGAAGUUGCGGACUCCAGCUCUCGAUAGCUACUUCGCCAUCACUGCCAACCUCGGAACCCAUACCUUCUUCAUGAUCGGAUUACCCAUCUGCUUCUGGUGUGGUUAUGCAGCAUUUGGCAAGGGACUAGUGCAUAUUCUUGCGCUCGGUGUCUUCUGGACUGGCUUUAUCAAGGACUUCUACUCUCUCCCACGACCACUCUCGCCUCCUUUGCACCGGAUCACGAUGUCUGGUUCUGCAGCCCUCGAAUAUGGUUUCCCUUCGACCCAUAGCGCCAAUGCUGUAUCUGUCGCCGUCUAUGCGCUUCUGAUACUACGCAGUCCCGAUAACACGCUAGCUCCAACCACCAAGUUCGCACUCGAAUGCCUCUCGUACUUUUACGCUGCUUCGAUCAUAUUUGGGCGCUUGUACUGUGGCAUGCAUGGCUUCCUAGACGUAAUUGUCGGGUCUAUCAUGGGUGCCGCUAUUUCUCUGCUCGAAUUCUACUACGGACCUCCCCUGGAUGAAUAUAUGCACUCCAGCUCUUGGGCUGCGCCUCUCGUAGCUGCCUUGGUUAUUCUUGUACUCGUGCGCAUUCACCCUGAGCCGGCAGACGACUGUCCAUGUUACGAUGACAGUGUUGCCUUUGCUGGUGUUGUUAUUGGCCUCGAAUUCGGCACUUGGACGUACGGCAAGAUUGCGCUAGAUCCUUGGGAGACUCAUGCGCAUGGUGGAGGAUCUGUGGAUAUUACGCACCUGGGAUUGGCUGCCAACGUAGCCAGGAUCGUUUUCGGCGUUCUUGUCGUCUUUGCGUGGCGCGAGACGAUGAAGCCUCUACUGCUUAAGCUCUUGCCUCAUCUAUUCCGAAUAUUUGAACAGGUUGGGGUGAACAUGCCUCGACGAUUCUUCACUCCUGCCAGUAAGUACAAGACUGUACCAACAGGCUCUCGUAUCGAUACACUUUUCCCUUCGCCGUCCGACUUCCCACGCAUGGUCGAGAGUAUCCGAAACCCUACCACCCGAGGUCGCUCUGUGUCAAUUGGUCCUCAGAGUGCCGCAGAUGCAUACGAGACCUUGGCGUAUAGAGAGCGCAAGCGACGCGAGAGUGUCAGCAGUAACCAUAGCCUGAAGAGCAAGUCAAGCAACCUGGAGCUCCAGACCACGCAUGAAGACUAUUCUGGCAAGGGAGCUCAAGCGUCUGGUGCACAGGCAAACCGAAUCGUCGAAUUCGAGCAGAUGAUGGGAACCGGCGAAGUUGUGACAACACCAGCCGCCGAUGAUGAUCGGGUUGAGAUCUUUGUUACGGGCACCGAGGACGGGUUGGGAGAGCGCGAGAUGUUCUCGCAACUAAUCAAACCUCGUGUGCGAUACGACGUCGAGGUCGUGACUAAGCUCGUGGUUUACACCGGAAUUGCUUGGUUUGCAGUGGCUAUUAUCCCCAUAAUGUUUGAGAUUGUGGGCUUGGGGACGAAUCAGUUACGUGAACGAUGA